AUGGCGACGGCAGAGCGGCCGCCGCCGCCCGGCGCGCCGGUCAUCCUGUGCCAGGACUCGCCGAAGCGCGUCCUCGUCUCGGUCAUCAGGACGACGCCGAGCAAAGCGCCGCGCGGCGAGGAGGCGCCGCCCGCGCCGCCCGUGCCCACCAGCCCCGGCUUCAGUGACUUCAUGGUGUACCCGUGGCGCUGGGGCGAGAACGCGCACAACGUCACGCUGAGCCCCGGCGGCGCCGCCGCCGCCUCGCCCGCGCCGCCGCAGCGCCGCGCCGCCGCCGCCAGCGCCCACGCCGGCGAGGACGACGAGGCGGCCAGCCCGGACAGCAGCGGCGGCGGCCACAUGAAGGAUGGGAUAAGACGUGGCCGACCAAGAGCAGACACAGUUCGUGACCUAAUAAAUGAAGGAGAGCAUUCCUCUAGCAGAAUACGUUGCAAUAUCUGCAACAGGGUGUUUCCGCGGGAGAAAUCGCUGCAGGCGCACAAGCGAACCCAUACUGGUGAAAGGCCUUACUUGUGUGACUACCCGGACUGCGGGAAAGCCUUUGUUCAGAGUGGGCAGCUCAAAACUCACCAGCGCCUUCACACUGGGGAAAAGCCGUUUGUCUGCUCGGAGAAUGGUUGUUUGAGCAGAUUCACGCAUGCAAAUCGCCACUGCCCCAAGCAUCCCUACGCCCGGCUGAAGAGGGAAGAGCUCACAGACAGACUGAGUAAAAAACAGACGGCUGAUAACAAAGCGGUGGCCGAGUGGCUAGCAAAAUACUGGGAGACCAGAGAACAGCGGACCCCUGCUUUGAAAAGCAAAGCAAUCCAGAAAACAGACCAGGAGCAGCAGGACCCCAUGGAGUAUCUGCAGUCCGAUGAGGAGGACGAUGAGGACAAGAACGACGCUCCGUCGGCUGCCCAGCGCCGCCGCCUCCAGGAGCAACGCGAGCGCAUGCACGGCGCCUUGGCCCUCAUCGAGCUCGCAAACCUGGCCGUGGCUCCGCUGCGGCAGUAGUGUGUGAGCAGAGUCUGCCUAUACCACGUCCUUGCCGGUGGUACUCAACCAGCUAGAUCCUGGGCAUAAGCUAAGCACCUUAUUUGCUUAUCAUAGGCUGCUAUUCUGUAGAAUUUAUGAAGAAUGUUGCUCCAUAAUGUGGGGUGAGAGAAUUGCACUUUUUGUAAGGUAAAAGAUGGAUGUAAAGUUUUAAAGUAUUUUGUAAAUAUGGGACUGAAUAAUGCAGGGUGGACAAAUUACAUGUUGUGGGGGGCUAGAUUUUGCAAGGUUAACUCAUUUAUUUGAAGCAGUUUUCACAGGAAGCACUUUCUGAACACGGUGUUUAUAGUUGGCAGAAUGGUACGUGUGGCCAAAGAAGGCUGACAAGAGAAGUAUUUAUCUGACUAUUUAAGCAAAACUAAAUUAAGUGGCAGGUCUGAAAAUGCUGUAAGCAGCAAUGGAACCAUGUUUUCUAAUGUCGUGAUGUUUUUAUCUAGUAUCACUGAGGCAGAAGACAGAUAUCUCAGUCUCAUAGAGGGGAGGAAACUGCUUCAUGCAGGGAACUGUAAGAAGAUAGUUCAGGAUCUUUGCUGUGACCGCUCAAGGUAUAAGACAUGACUUUGCUGUUUUAUGCUUUUUGAUUUGAUCUCAGCAGAAUCUUGGUUUGAGUAGCACUUGUUAUUCUUGACAUAUGAUGUUAGGAAUGUUUGCACAUUGUUGGCUUUAUCUGAAAAUGAUUAGUCUUGCAAAGUCUAGACAGAGGAAAACAAUUUGGUAGUAUUUUUUUCAGAUGUUUCUGGACCCUGUAAUGAUUUGGCACUUGUUUUGUUAAUAAAAGGGGUAUUUACAGGGUGGUAUUGGUUUGUUAGUAAACUAUUUUAGAUCUCUUAUUAGCAAACACUAAGUUUAAAGUAUUGCUUUUUUAUGAUUAUUAGCAAAUAGAAGCCUCCGUACUUCCUGUGCAUAAAGCCACCUUAUUGCUGUACUUCAGGAUAACAUACCAAUUUUGUGUUCACUAACUCUAGCACAGCUAUCAAUUAAACACUGUAGAAAAAUAUUCAUUAUACAACUAGAAAAUAGGCUUCCAAAGGUAGUUGCCAGUGUGCUAACUAUAUGAUUUCAUAUAGCUCCCAAGUAAAUAAAGUUGCAGAACACUGCCUAGUAUUCUUGAUGGCAGAAAGAAAACAUUUAGCAGGACAUCUUGUCACCUCAUGAAUAUUAUCUACUUUGAAAUACCAUUGUCUCGCAUGGUACUUUUUCUGUAUUUUGCAUGGAAGACCAACAGUGAUUCCUAGUAUGUAACAAUUUUCUUUUCAAAUUGGACACACCACACUUUUUAAAUUUUUUUUUUUUCAGCUGAGCUACUGCUUUAGGAUUGUUAACAAUUCAUCUUUACUGACCUACUUGCUCUUAACUCCUCCCUCCAUGGCAGGUCAGGAAGUUGAGAAGUGAAGUCACUUCCCCUCUUGCUUAUUCAAGAGGAAAAAAACUCUUCAAGUACUUGCUACUGUGUGACCAGAUGCAUACAACUGUUUAAGAAAAAGACAGAAAUCUUACAGCAGAAACUGCAACAGUUGAAUUAUGUUUUCUGAUAAUCGAUACCUGCUGUGGUAGAAGAUGGUAUUAACCUUGCUUGUUUAAAAUCAUGUAUUGAUGCACUUAACUGGAGAAUAAUCUGAUUUAAAAAGAAAAAAAUCACUGUCACUGAAUGUAAUUAGUUUUUGCACCAAUUAUAUAUGAUUUAAUUCUGUUUUCAGUUCUUAGUAGACCUCGAAUUUAUUUGUUUCCCUUUCAAGCCUUUUGGAUUUAAGGAAGCAAAAAACUCCAUAACCUAUUUGGGCUGCUAAGCCUACAUAAAACUGCCUAGCAGUUGAUGGGUGUCCUUUCAAAGCUUCUAAAGCAAAUUAAGUCCUUUUGACCAUUCAUGGGGCUGCAAACAGAUAGUCUGAUACUAAAACUAGGUCUGAGUAUUAAUGCUUUGUAUCUGUGAAUCUUGAAUCGCUCUCGAGCAGUGUUUCACAGGGCACAAGAUUAUGUGGUCAGACCUACGGGCUGCAGGUUGAAGCUGUAAUUUAUUUCAGUAGAUCAAUCUUUCUAAUCAGCUGUGUUGCUUUGGGCUACUUCAGUGUAUUUGUAUGGACAAAUAUUCUGCAAUGCUAUCUAUAGACAAA